GAAACCGCCCGUUUCCUGCCGGGAGGCGCGACGGCACCUGAGAUACUGCGGCGGCGGCGGCCACUCGGAGCGGGCGGCUCGGGCUGUACUGCCGGUGCCGCCGCGUCUUUCCGGUAUCCUUCCUCGGCCGCGCAGGGUUUUAUAGGAUCACAUUAACAAAAGCACCAUGGAGUUUUAUGAGUCAACAUAUUUUAUUGUUCUUAUUCCUUCAGUAGUUAUUACAGUAAUUUUCCUCUUCUUCUGGCUUUUCAUGAAAGAAACAUUAUAUGAUGAAGUUCUUGCAAAACAGAAAAGAGAACAAAAGCUUAUUCCUACCAAAACAGAUAAAAAGAAGGCAGAAAAGAAAAAGAAUAAAAAGAAAGAACUCCAAAAUGGGAACCUCCAUGAAUCUGAUUCUGAGAGUGUACCCCGGGACUUUAAAUUAUCUGAUGCCUUGGCUGUGGAAGAUGAGCAAGUUGUACCUGUUCCACUGAAUGUGGUUGAAAGUUCAAGUAGUGUUAGAGAAAGAAAGAAGAAGGAAAAGAAACACAAGCCUGUACUAGAAGAGCAGGUCACCAAAGAAAGUGAUGUAUCAAAGAUUCCAUGCAAAAAAGUGGAACCUGUCCCAGUUACUAAACAGCCCACCCCCCCCUUGGAAGCAGCUGCCUCAAAGAAGAAACCAGGGCAGAAGAAGUCUAAAAAUGGAAGCGACGAACAGGAUAAAAAGGUGGAACCUCUUAUGGCACCGUCAAAAAAGCAAGAAUCAUUACCCCUGCAUCAAGAGACUAAACAAGAAGGUGGAUCAGGAAAGAAGAAGGUUUCAUCAAAGAAGCAAAAGACUGAAAACGUCUUGGUAGAUGAACCCCUUAUUCAUGCAACAACUUAUAUUCCUUUGAUGGAUAAUGCUGAUUCAAAUCCUGUGGUGGAUAAGAGAGAGGUUAUUGAUGUGAUUAAACCUGACCAAGUAGAAGGAAUUCAGAAAACAGGGGCUAAAAAACUGAAGAUUGAAGCUGAUAAAGAGAAUGCUGAAGUAAAAUUUAAAGAUUUUCUUCUGUCCUUGAAGACUAUGAUGUUUUCUGAAGAUGAGGCCCUUUGUGUUGUAGACCUGCUAAAGGAAAAGUCUGGUGUGAUACAGGAUGCUUUAAAGAAGUCAAAUAAAGGAGAGUUGACUGCACUUGUACAUCAGCUGCAAGAAAAAGACAAGUUACUUACUGCUCUGAAGGAAGAUGCUGCUGCUGUGAAGGAUCGGUGUAAGCAGUUAACCCAGGAAAUGAUGGCAGAGAAAGAAAGAAGCAAUGUGGUUAUAGCAAGGAUGAAAGAUCGGAUUGGAACAUUAGAAAAGGAGCAUAAUGUGUUUCAAAACAAAAUGCAUGUCAGUUAUCAAGAGACUCAACAGAUGCAGAUGAAGUUCCAGCAAGUUCGUGAGCAGAUGGAGGCGGAGAUAGCUCAUUUGAAGCAGGAAAAUGGCAUACUGAGAGAUGCUGUCAGCAACACUACAAACCAGCUAGAAAGCAAGCAGUCUGCUGAACUAAAUAAACUGCGCCAGGAUUAUGCUAGGUUGGUCAAUGAGCUGACGGAGAAAACAGGAAAGCUACAGCAAGAGGAAGUCCAAAAGAAGAAUGCUGAGCAGGCAGUUACUCAGUUGAAGGUUCAACUGCAAGAAGCUGAGAGAAGGUGGGAAGAAGUCCAGAGCUAUAUCAGGAAGAGAACAGCAGAGCAUGAAGCAGCUCAGCAAGAUUUACAGAGUAAAUUUGUGGCCAAAGAAAAUGAAGUACAGAGUCUGCAUAGUAAGCUUACAGAUACCUUGGUAUCAAAACAACAGUUGGAGCAAAGGCUAAUGCAGUUAAUGGAAUCGGAGCAAAAAAGGGUGAACAAAGAAGAGUCUCUACAAAUGCAAGUUCAGGAUAUUUUGGAGCAGAAUGAGGCUUUAAAAGCUCAAAUUCAACAAUUCCAUUCCCAGAUAGCAGCCCAGACAUCCGCUUCAGCUCUAGCAGAAGAGUUACAUAAAGUGAUCGCAGAAAAGGAUAAGCAGAUAAAACAGACUGAAGAUUCUUUAGCAAAUGAACAUGAUCAUUUAGCAAGUAAAGAGGAGGAACUUAAGGAUAUACAGAAUAUGAAUUUCUUAUUAAAAGCUGAAGUGCAAAAAUUACAGGCCCUGGCAAAUGAACAGGCUGCUGCUGCACAUGAACUGGAGAAGAUGCAAAAAAGUAUUCAUGUUAAGGAUGAUAAAAUAAGAUUGCUUGAAGAGCAGCUACAAUGUGAAAUUUCAAACAAAAUGGAAGAAUUUAAGAUUCUAAAUGACCAAAACAAAGCAUUACAAUUAGAAGUUCAGAAGCUACAGACUCUUGUUUCUGAACAGCCUAAUAAAGAUGUUUUGGAGCAAAUGGAAAGAUGCAUUCAAGAAAAAGAUGAGAAGUUGAAGACUGUAGAAGAAUUACUUGAAACUGGACUUAUUCAGGUGGCCACUAAAGAGGAAGAACUGAAUGCAAUAAGAACAGAAAAUUCAUCUCUGACAAAAGAAGUUCAAGACUUAAAGGCCAAGCAAAAUGAUCAGGUUUCCUUUGCAUCUCUAGUUGAAGAACUUAAGAAAGUGAUCCAUGAAAAAGAUGGAAAGAUCAAGUCUGUGGAAGAGCUUCUGGAAGCUGAACUUCUCAAAGUUGCUAAUAAGGAGAAAACUAUUCAGGAUUUGAAACAGGAAAUAGAGGCUCUAAAAGAAGAAAUAGGAAAUAUCCAGCUUGAAAAGGCUCAACAGUUAUCUAUCACUUCUCAAGUUCAAGAACUUCAGAACUUAUUAAAAGGAAAGGAGGAACAGAUGAAUACCAUGAAGACUGUUUUAGAAGAGAAGGAGAAAGACCUAGCCAAUAGAGGGAAAUGGUUACAGGAUCUUCAAGAAGAAAAUGAAUCUUUGAAAGCUCACGUUCAGGAGGUAGCACAACAUAACUUGCGAGAGGCAUGUUCUGCCUCACGAUUUGAAGAACUUGAGAUUGUGUUGAAAGAAAAGGAAAAUGAAAUGAAGAGAUUAGAAACUGUGCUGAAAGAAAGGGAGAGUGAUCUUUCUAGAAAAACAAAGCUGUUACAGGAAGCACAAGAUGAAAACAAAUUGUUUAAAUCCCAAAUUGAGGAGCUUAAGCAGCAGAACUACCAACAGGCAUCUUCUUUUCCCCCUCAUGAAGAACUAUUAAAAGUAAUUUCAGAAAGAGAGAAAGAAAUAACUGGUCUCCAGAAUGAGUUAGCUUCUUUGAAGGAUGCUGUUGAACACCAGAGGAAGAAAAACAAUGACCUUCGGGAGAAAAACUGGGAAGCAAUGGAAGCAUUGGCAUCAACUGAAAAAAUGCUGCAGGACAAAGUGAACAAGACUUCCAAGGAAAGACAACAGCAUGUGGAAGCUGUUGAGUUAGAAGCUAAAGAAGUUCUCAAAAAAUUAUUUCCAAAGGUGUCUGUACCUUCUAAUUUGGUUUUAGAGCACAAGUUGAAAGAAGCUGAUGAAAUGCACACAUUGUUACAGCUAGAGUGUGAAAAAUACAAAUCCGUCCUUGCAGAAACAGAAGGAAUUUUACAGAAACUACAGAGAAGUGUGGAGCAAGAAGAGAAUAAAUGGAAAGUUAAGGUCGAUGAAUCACAAAAGACUAUUAAACAGAUGCAAUUGUCAUUCACAUCUUCGGAGCAAGAGCUAGAGCGAUUAAGAAGAGAAAGUAAAGAUAUUGAAAAUCUGAGAAGAGAACGAGAGCAUUUGGAAAUGGAGCUAGAGAAGGCAGAAAUGGAACGAUCUACCUAUGUUACGGAAGUCAGAGAGUUAAAGAAGCAGUUAAAUGAAACACUUUCAAAACUUAGAACUGAACAAAGUGAAAGACAGAAGGUAGCUGGUGACUUGCAUAAGGCUCAACAGUCACUGGAUCUUAUCCAGUCAAAAAUAGUAAAAGCUGCUGGAGACACUACUGUUAUUGAGAAUAGUGAUGUUUCCCCAGAAACGGAGUCUUCUGAGAAGGAGACAAUGUCUGUAAGUCUAAAUCAGACUGUAACACAGUUACAGCAGUUACUUCAGGCAGUAAACCAACAGCUCACAAAGGAGAAAGAACACUAUCAGGUAUUAGAGUGAAGUAAUUGGGAAACUGUUCAUUCAAGGAUAACAGAAGGCAUUGUAUUAUAUUUUGCCAAAUUAAAGCCUUAUUUAUGUUUUCACCCUUUCUACUUUGUCAGAAACACUGAACAGAGUUUUGUCUUUUCUAAUCCUUGUUAGACUACUGAUUUAAAGAGAGAGAAAAAAAAGCCAACUCUGUAGACACCUUCAGAGUUUAGUUUUAUAAUAAAAACUGUUUGAAUAAUUAGACCUUUACAUUCCUGAAAAUAAAAUAAACAUGUAAUCUUUUAUCUUAUUUUGCUCAAUAAAAUUGUUCAGAAAAUCAAAAGUGGUAAAGACAAUGUAAAAUUUAACAUUUUAAUACUGAUGUUGUACACUGUUUUACUUAACAUUUUGGGGAGCAACUGCCUCUGACUUCAACUCAAGAAAACACUUUUUGUUGCUAAUGUAAUCGGUUUUUGUAAUGAUGUCAGCAAAUAAAGGGAUGCUUAUUAUUCAAA